UUUCCGCCGUUCCCUUCAGAGAAGAUCCACCUCCGUGAGGUCGGGACUCUUCAAUCGCUUUCUUACAGCUGGGCGCCCGCGAAACUCUGCCUCCUCCUCUCGACCGAGACCGCGCGACUUCACACUCGAGCAGCGCGCCUGCGUCGUUUUUGCCUCGUGGCUGUUUGGCUUGUGGGUGUCUUUCCAGUUCCCCUUUUUAUAUUUCUUCUUCCGUUGCACUUCCCCAGCGAAACAAAAUGGCUGACGGAUGGGAUGCGGAGAAAAUCUUCAACACCACGGUCUUCGGGUUCACGUACGAUGACCUGAUUCUCAUGCCCGGUCACAUUGAUUUUGGAGUCAACGAUGUGGACCUGUCGACGCGCAUCACACGGAACUUGCAUGUCCGAACGCCCAUUGUUUCUUCUCCGAUGGACACAGUCACCGAGCACCGCAUGGCUAUCGGCUGCGCCUUAAUGGGAGGCAUGGGCGUCAUUCACAACAACAUGGAGACUGCGCGACAAGUCGCCGAAGUGCAGAAAGUAAAGCGAUACGAAAACGGCUUCAUCCUCGAUCCCUUUGUUCUCCGUCCGUCCGACAGCGUCGCCGACGUCUACCGCAUUAAAGAGAAGUACGGAUACAGUUCAGUGCCGAUCACAGAUACGGGCAUGCUGGGGGGGAAGCUGCUGGGGAUCGUGACAAGCAGAGACAUCGACUUCUUGACGGAUGUCCACACACCGCUGUCGGAGGUGAUGACCUCCGAUUUGGUGGUGGGUCACGAGCCGGUGCAGCUGGCCGAGGCAAACGAACUGCUGCGGGAGUCAAAGAAAGGGAAGCUCCCGAUUGUGAACGACAACUUCGAGCUGGUCGCACUCAUCUCCCGCAACGACUUGAAGAAAAAUCGAGAGUUUCCACUCGCCUCGAAGGACUCCAACAAGCAGCUUCUUGUCGGCGCAGCCGUCUCCACCAAGCCUCACGACAUUGAGCGAGCGAAGGCCCUCCAGGAGGCGGGCGCGGACGUCCUCGUCGUGGACAGCAGCCAGGGAGACUCGAUCUACCAAGUUGAUCUCGUCAAGCGUCUCAAGGCAGCCUUCCCUGAACUGCAGAUCAUUGGAGGCAACGUGGUGACAGCGCGCCAGGCGAAGAGCCUCAUCGACGCGGGAGUUGACGGACUCCGCAUUGGAAUGGGCAGCGGGUCCAUCUGCACCACCCAGGUGGUGUGUGCGGUGGGUCGCGCCCAGGCGACGGCGGUCUACCAUGUCUGCAAAUACGCGCGCGAGCACGGGGACUUGCCAUGCAUCGCCGACGGAGGCAUCCAAAACUCAGGCCAUGUCAUGAAGGCUCUCGCGCUCGGUGCGAACGCCGUGAUGAUGGGAUCGAUGCUCGCGGGCACUGAGGAGGCUCCCGGGGAGUACUACUUCCACAACGGCGUCCGCGUCAAGACCUACCGCGGCAUGGGGAGCUUGGACGCGAUGCGCGCGGGUACUUGGCGGAACGCGUCGCCUCCCGCGCGCGGCCUGCGCUCGCCAGAAGCCUCCCCGUCAACGGCGGCGAGUAGCGGCGGCGCGAGUCGAGCCUCGGCUCUCAGCGAGGCCUCGCCGUCGGCCAAGUCGGAGGCGUCGCGAACUUCGACGUCCACCGGCUCGGCCGCGAGGUACUUUGCGGAGAACCAGACGAUUCGCGUCGCGCAGGGUGUGAGCGGCUGCGUCGUCGACAAGGGAACAGUCAUGCAGCUCAUCCCCUACGUGAUUCAGGGUGUCAAGCAUGGCAUGCAAGACAUCGGCGCGCGAACGCUCCGCGACUUGCAUGCGCAGCUUGUCGGCGGAGAACUCCGAUUCGACGUCCGGUCUGGCGCUGCGCAGAGGGAAGGCGAUGUUCAUGACUUGCACAGCUUCGAGAGAAAGCUCUACGCCUGAGCGUCGCUCGCGUUCGCUUGCCACUGCCUUCUCGCUUCGAUUUCCAGCUCUCUGCAAGCGCGCGCAAAAGAGAGAGAGACACAGAGAAAGAGACAGAGAGACAGAGAGAGAGAGACAGAGAGACGAACGCCGUGGCUGCGGCAGGAGACAGCGGCGCAGUGUGGCCGAUGUCGGGGAAUCACAAGCGAGAACAAAACGAACAGGAGACAGGAAGCUUCGAGAACAGGGAGUGGGUUUGGAGUCCACUCUGCACGGAGGGGGUGGCGACUGUCGGCUUCUUCGUCCACAUUUUUUUCUGUCUGCAUGCGUUUGAGUUUUUCCACGUUCCUUGCCGAUGUCCGCACCAACCUGGUGUCGUAGGGCGCU